ACAGUUGAAUUUCAUUCUCAAAUCUUUUAUAAAUUAUAUAAUCGCUAUGCUAAUAAUAUAUUUUAUUAAACUUUUAUAUGAAAAAUAUAAAAAUUUAUAAAAACCAAUUUUUAAAAUCUUCAUUAUUUAUCAUUUAAAAGAAGAAGAAAAAUCGCCAUAUUUAUUGAGUAUUUUCCCUUCAUAAGUGAUUUCCUUCUCCCAUCUACCUUUUCUCCACACUUCACUUUAACGACUAACAAGGCGUCCAUCAAAUAUUCAUAUCCGAGGAAUGAGGAAUGAUAAUUUAGGAAUAACGGAGAAAUUCUAUUAAUUUUACGAGAUCAUAUGGACACAUCGGUUGGAUAAAAGUUUUUGUUUUACGGGGCUUUUCUCCUCAAAAAAUAAAAGUCUUUCCCACUCCCCAAAACAUUAUCUUUGACAUAACUUCGUCAUAAAAAAAAGGCAAAAAAUAUGGAUUUAUUUCUUAAAAAAGUUGUCGCUGGCCAUGCUUGAUUCAGGAAUCAGCAUUUACGCAAGAUGCCAAUCGCGUAUGCGUCACUUCUGACCCUAUCAAGACUCGUAUCGAUUAUCAUCAUACACAUCAUCUUGUUUAAGAUAAAUCUGAUCAAGGCGCAACUUUUUCGGGAUCAAAUAGUAAUCCCAACUUUUCCCCUUAGCAACAUGAAGGAUCUCAGUCAAACGUCAAAUAGGAUAGAUCAAGAAGAAACGGAAGUGGCGGAGACGGAAAAAAAACUUAGAAGAGAGGUCAUAAAAUACAUUAAUGAUAAUUAUAAUAAACUCGUGGUGGGCGAUAUCUUCCCCCCUUAUUCAACGCCAUCCGACACGAACCCUCCCGAAGUGUCGACGACUUUAGAAAACUAUUACAAAUAUGAUAAAUUUAUGUAUUCCUCCAUGAGACAUUAUUGGAAAGCUUAUCUCCAGAUGAUGAAAGAGAGGUCUUCUAGUGACUUGAGUAGCAGAUUAUUAACAUCACCACUAUAUCAGCAACUUACAAUUCCAAAACAAUUGGCUUCUUCCCUUUUCUAUCAACGAGGAACACAGAUUAUUGAUAGGGAGGAGAAAGAUGAUCAAGUCAAGGAUGAAUUUGCCACAUUCGACAAUUAUCCUCAAGAAACGCAAGAUCGCCUGAAGGACUUCGAGUCACUCAAGAUUGUGCAUAGAUACCACCACAUAUCUUUACCCUAUGACGCUUCUACCCUAGUUUGCCAUAGAUGCUCCGAAAGCAUGGCACUCCCCAACACCAUAUGCGGUACUGUAGGGGGCAUUAUUUGUCCCAAAGACUAUUUUUGUGAUAUUAGAUACGAUCCUGGCUUCAAGAUUCAAGACGGUUACGGAUGUUGUUGCCCUUUUCCUCAACGAGUUCAAUCCACCACAAUCCUCUAGUGUCACAUUACCGCAAUCUACGAUUAGCACCUCCGCAAGCACGUUGCCUUCGAUUACUACGACGGCCAUAUCAUUGCCCCCUGUUAUAGUUAGGUUCGACGGGGUAAUCUUCUGCCCAUCUCCCGGCACGGAAUUACCCAACUGUUUCCCUUGCAUCAAUAUACUCCUCUGCGAAAAUGGCGUGACGUUCAUUAUAUGCCGUACCUUUAAUUGCAUGUUUCAAUGUUACGGAAUUUACAUAGACCCCUUUACCUCCAUGAGGAUAGGAUGUACCCAGCAACCCGUUGAUUUCGGAUAAGAUGAUGAUACCUCAAAUAUACUUCUUUUUUUCAACCCUAGUAAGUGACCAU